AUGGAAAACUUUUUAAAAGAAAUAAAAAGCCCUUUUUGGAUUUUCCUUCUGUCAUGCUCGCUUUAUCUGGAUAUUAUUGGGUUUGUGACUUUUCACAUGUUCUACGCAGACGGACUGAUCGAUAUGUUAAAUAGCUAUUUUAAUAUUUCAUUAUUUGUAUUUACAUACAAUACCGGGAGAUGGAUGAUAUUUGAAAGAAAAGGUCUACGUAAAGUUCUCGAGCUCGCAGAAAGGAAUAACAAUAUGGCUAUGCAGUAUGAAAAUAGUGCUCCAAAACAUACCGCUUUAAUCAAAUCUAUGAAAAUAUUAGUAAUUAUUUGUUAUUUCUUUCAUUUGAUAAAUGAUUUCAUUGUAUUUACUCCGCAAAGAGUGUCUAAAAUAGAAGAUUUCUCUGCGACAUCUUGUGCCGGUAUGGAGCCAUUAAAGAAGAGUCCUAACAGAGAAAUUUGUACGACAUUUUUUGUAUUACAAGCAAUUUUGGGAAUCUGUAUAACGGCUAGUUACGAUGCAACAUUUUUAUUUAUUUUCGCUCAUACGGCGGCCAUGUUUGAAAUUCUUGAAGAAGAAACGAUGUCUCUGAAUGAUGGAGAAGUUACCACAGUUGCUGAGAGGAUAAAUAACAUAGUUUAUCGUCAUUCUUUAAUAUUACAUACAGUUAAGGAGAUUCAAGAAAUUUAUAGCGUCACAAUCGGAGUUAGUUUUGGACUAGAAGCAAUUUCUAUGUGUAUCUUUUUUGUGUUACCGUUGAAUUUAGCAUUUAAUUUUUCACCAAUCAUUGUACAUGGUAUGUUCGUUUUCUUUUUAUAUUGUUAUCAAGGACAGAAGAUUACUACGGCUGCUGAACGGUUUCAAAACGCGGUGUAUUUUUGUGGAUGGGAGAAUUUUAGUAUCAAAGAGCAGAAAAUGAUACUGAUUAUGUUGAUACAAUCACAAAAGCCAGUAUUAUUAAAAGCGGGAUCUGUAGUACCAGUUUGCAUCUAUACGUUUGCUUGUACUAUGCAGUCAAUAUAUAAAUUCGUAACUGCAUUCAAAACUUAA